ACUUGAACGAAAGCUGAAAAUGAACGGAAUCAAACUUUGCAUAUUGGUUGCCAUAAUAUCAUGUGUGAGAGCAGACUUUGACAUAAAUGAUCUAGAUGACUGUGUUUACGACAAUGUCAACGAUUGCCUUCGGAUGAAAAAGGAAUGUCGCAAAUUCUGGAAACGAGGAGAGUGUAGUCCCUCGGAUGUGAAGGAGGUUGCCAGAGAUCUGAAGAUACAAUGGGGUUUCAGCUCCGAUGCACAAGCUUGGUGUUACCUGAGUGAAAACGUGUAUCUCCGCUAUAUCCCAGAUAUUUGUAAAACGGUGCCUGGCGGUAUAAUGAGACGGUAGUAGACGGUAUGAGAAUAGUGCAGCUUGAUAGUUUUAGUGCACUAAUGGCAGCUGAACGGAGAAUAUACAUUCUAGUCACAGAGUACCUACUAUGUUACACAAAGGGACACUCGAAUAACAACAUUGGUCAACUUCUGUCUUUUGGAAUAUUUUGAUUUGGUUAUUCUUCGAUUUUCCUUGAUUCUGCCGAGAAUAUAUAAGAAUUGUUCAAAAAUAAAGUUUCGGGGAAAUGUUUGUCUUUCUGUGCUUUCGUUUCAU